AUGUCUCUGAGUGUUUAUGAUGAUGUGAUUGGAUCUGAGGAGAUGAACAGAGGAGAUACAGUGGAGAUGGUGGAGGAUAUCUACGAGAGUGCAGACGCUGUUAGAGGUCAUGACCCCAACACAGAGAUGGAGGACACCAGCACAAUGAGGAUCCUGAAGACACAACAAGCAGGAUUGAAGAGGGAAGUGACCUACCCAGAUGUGUAUCACUACCUUGCUGAAACGGAGUGUGUUUACACCAGAGAGGCAGUGAAAGCCAGACGCUACAGACUGGCUGCAGUGGGUCUGGGUCUGCUGUGUGUUCUCCUGCUGACUGCCAUCACAGUGCUGUGGAUCCAGUUCAACCACCUGACUGCAGAGAGAGACCAUUUACAGACUAGUUACACCAACCUGACUGCAGAGAGAGACCAGUUACAGACCAGUAACACCAACCUGACUGCAGAGAGAGACCAGUUACAGACCAGUAACCCCAACCUGACUGCAGAGAGAGACCAGUUACAGACCAGUUACACCAAGCUGACUGCACAGAGAGACCAGUUACAGACCAGUUACACCAAGCUGACUGCAGAGAGAGACCAGUUACAGACCAGAACCACCAACCUGGCUGCAGAGAGAGACCAGUUACAGACCAGUUACACCAAGCUGACUGCACAGAGAGACCAGUUACAGACCAGUUACACCAACCUGGCUGCAGAGAGAGACCAGUUACAGACCAGUUACACCAAGCUGACUGCAGAGAGAGACCAGUUACAGACCAGAACCACCAAGCUGACUGCAGAGAGAGACCAGUUACAGACCAGAACCACCAACCUGGCUGCAGAGAGAGACCAGUUACAGACCAGAACCACCAACCUGGCUGCAGAGAGAGACCAGUUACAGACCAGAACCACCAACCUGGCUGCAGAGAGAGACCAGUUACAGACCAGAACCACCAACCUGGCUGCAGAGAGAGACCAGUUACAGACCAGAACCACCAAACUGACUGCAGAGAGAGACCAGUUACAGGCAGAGAGAGAUGAUCUCCCGAGAAGGUUUUCUGAACUGGAUAAAGCAGUUAGAGACGGGUGGAUCUACUUCAGCUCCAGUCUUUACUACAUUUCUAGUGAGUACAAGAUCUGGAGUGAGAGCAGAAACGACUGCAGAAAGAGAGGAUCAGACCUGGUGAUCAUCAACAGCAGAGAAGAACAGGACUUCAUUAACACAUUGAGAAAAGGUCAGCUGGUUUGGAUUGGUCUGAGUGACGGUGAAACAGAGGGGGUCUGGAAAUGGGUGGACGGAUCAGAACUGAUCACUGGGUUCUGGUACCCUGGACAACCCAACAUUAAGGGAGAUGAGGACUGUGUAACAAAUGACAUUAGUUCUGAUCUUGUGAAUAACUGGAAUGACUAUCCCUGUAAUCGUCAGUUGUUUUGGAUGUGUGAAAAGAGAAUAUAA